AUGUGUCACGUCCACACUCAAUUGUGGAUUAUGUUUACAACUUUACAUCUAAAUUUCUAAAAAAUGUAUAUAUUGCCAAACACAUGAGUCCGCUCGCACUUGCUCCCUAAUCACUGCCACAACGACACUUAUCUUAGUUUUUUCCCCCGUACACAGAUAUUUCCGAGCAGUCAUUAUGGAAGGUUCAGUUUGGGCUGUUACCUUUUUGGUUUCAUUGUUGAAAAAUAGCAUGUAUGUUUCAACAAGGUUAUAAGACGUAAAAAACUGGUUCAACGAGGUUAUAAGACAGCAACAGCUAAGGAAUCCCCUGCUAUCUCUAUUCAUUUGCACCUGUUAUCUAAUCUCAGAUUUACUCCUUGCUUGAGUUGGCCAAUCGGUGCAUCAGAGAGUUGCAACUUGCAGUCAAGCUAUCUUCACCUAGACCCUCUUAGCCCAGGCCAUUAGCUUGACUGUUUUGUGAUGCUUGACAAGGAUGUGGGUGCUUCUUAUGCUCCUGAUUUUGAUGCAGACUAAAGUCGUGUUCUCCUUCGUGCUCCAUUUUCUUUGGCUUAUUCAGUUUCAAUGGCCAGGCCAUACGGUGGACAGUGGAAUGAAACAGUCGAAGAGCUCAACAGAAGUAAUGAAGAGUUGAAUGCAAAGAAUGAUUUUCAAUAGAAGUGGGCACCUCUGACAAAGCUUGAUCAAUAUAGUGACAUUGUUCUUGAACUGGAAGAUGGUUCUAAGAUAAAGGCUCACAGAAUUGUCUUGAUCAUUACAGUGGUAUCAGAGCUGGUGAUGUUGCCAGACUGUUGGGGUUUCAACGUUGCAUGUCAGUUUAGUGAUCUUUCAUGUCAGUUUGGUAACUACCAAGAUAGUUGCAUGUUAAAUCUGAGCAGUUCUGGUUAGAGGAUUUGUCUUAUGCACUCUAGAGGAGCAGGUCCACAUAGAUAUUUCACCAAAAGUAGGUCGGGUCAACAACAAGAGGAAGCACUUGACAUGCAGGAUCCAUUAUUUGAAGGAAUGGCUGAGCAACAAAAUGAUGGUAAUGGGCAAGCCAAUAUUCAGGACGUGUUGGCUCAAAUUGCACAACAACAACAGCAGAUGAUGCAAACCUUUAUGUAAUCACAACAACAGCUCUUGGCUGCCAUUGGGAACCUGCAAGUGCAACAACCGCGGGUGCAAAAUCAGAAUGGAAAUGGAAGUGAUAAUAGACGUGAAACACAAGGUGCAUCAAAUGCUGUUCGAACAACAUCAACACAGUUUGAUCGCUCCAUAAGACCUGUAUUCCUUCCAAUGCCUGCAAAAGAAGAGGCCGCACCAGAGGUGGAAGAAGAUGUAACCAACAUCACUGAUGAUGUUAUGGUUGCAUAUGAUGAAUAUAGAAUGCUUUCGGCUGAUGUAAGGCAGCUAAUGAAUGUAAACCAGUUCAUGAACCAGCGGAGAGAAAAAGCCAGAUUUUGCCUGGAAAGACAGGAGAGGAGACCUAGAUGGCCAACUAGGCAGGGCACUCUGCCUCAAGAAUUCAAGGAUGCUUUAAACAAGGUCUCUUUGCCUACAUUUGAUGGAAGUGGCAAGAUUAGCGCUAGGUCUUGGGUACACAAACUUGACACAUUUUUGUCACUUAAGCCUAUGGAGGAAGACAAGGCUAUUCAGUUUGCUACGAUGCACUUGGAGGGUGUGGCAUAUGAUUGGUGGCACCACGGACUGGUAACACAAGAUCAUGGCUUGAUCCAUUCGUAUGAAGAGUUUGUCAACAAGUUGUUUGCGCGGUUUGACAAAAAAGAUGUUGAGGUUUAUUAUAGGGACCUAAGCUCAGCUGAAGCAAGUUGAUCAUGUUGAGACUUAUAUUAAUGAAUUUCAGAAAAUUUCUGUCAUGGUUCUUGAUAUGUCAGACAGGUGAGUUACCAUGCUGUUUUUUGAAGGUCUAAGUGAUAAACUGAAGGGAUUGGUGAAGGUGUUAGCUGUUUUGCCAUUGAUGUCAGCCACAGGUUCUCUGAUCAGCAGGUCACCUGUUUUUAUGGCAAUGCUGGAUAAUGAAAUGGAGGAGACCAGGAGUGGCACCAUCAAGAUUACUGAUUUCAGCUAUGAAGCACUUCAUGCUUUUAUAUGCUACACAGCUGAGACUUUUCUAGAUGAACCUAUGGCCUUUGACUUGUUAAAGCUAGCAAACAAAUAUACGGUGAAUGAACUGAAAACUGUAUGUGAGGAAUUCCUGAUGUCCAAGGUGAACAAGGACAAUGCCAUCAUGACCUUUGCCUUUGCCCAUCAGCAUGAUGCGAUGCAUCUACGCGAGGCUGCACUUUCAUCAAUUUUUGAGAUUAUGGAUGCUUUGACAACAAGAGAGGACUAUCAUCUCUUGGUUAAGAAGGAGCCAAAACUGGUUGUUAAAAUCUACGAGAAACAUUAUCAGAAAUAUCAUCAAACUGAACAAGUGAAGACUGCAGGGAAUGGAAUCUACAACUGCAUCAGAGGAUCUAAGGUGAAGAAAUCCUCCCAAGUUCUCUAUUUACAGGGCUGUAGUUAUAAGCUUCACAUGGUGUAAGUUUCACACGUGGAUAUCUGAUUUUGAUGCAUAAUUGUGCAUCCAAGAUUCAAACUUGAGUAUUACUAAACCGAGCAAAUUUAUGAGUUGCAUUUCUCUUCUGACA